UGACAGAUUUUGACAACCGAGCUAAACAAACCCGAAUCGAACAACACAUCAUCACCUCCGGGAGCGGAUCAUCGUUGAAAAAAUCGGAAAUAAAUCCGCAAAAAGUGCAAUUUUCGUGUGAAAAAACAUGAUCCACAGUUUGUUCAUCGUCAACUCAAGUGGCGAUGUCUUCCUGGAGAAACAUUGGCGCAGUGUCGUGUCCCGGACGUGUGUGUCCUACUUCCUGGAUGCCCAGCGGGAGAACCCUAAUGAUGUUCCACCGGUGAUCUCAACGCCACAUCACUAUCUGGUUUCGAUCCAGCGGGGAGGUGUCUCGUUGGUCGCGGCCUGUAAACAGGAAUGUCCCCCGUUGUUCGUCAUUGAGUUCCUCCAUCGGGUGGUGGACACGUUCGAAGAUUACUUCUCAGAAUGUACGGAAAGCAUCAUCAAGGAAAACUAUGUCGUGGUGUAUGAGCUUUUGGACGAAAUGUUGGACAAUGGAUUCCCGUUGGCCACGGAGAGUAAUAUCCUGAAGGAGCUAAUAAAACCGCCGAAUAUUUUGCGGACCAUUGCCAACUCCGUGACGGGGAAGUCAAAUGUUAGUGGCACGCUUCCUACCGGUCAACUUUCGGCUAUCCCCUGGAGGAGAACCGGUGUAAAGUACACCAACAAUGAGGCGUACUUUGACGUGGUAGAAGAAGUCGAUGCAAUUAUCGAUAAAAAUGGGCAGACAAUCUUCGCUGAAAUUCAAGGAUAUAUUGAUUGUUGCAUCAAGCUCAGCGGUAUGCCGGACCUAACACUGUCGUUUAUGAAUCCACGCUUGUUCGACGAUGUUUCCUUCCAUCCAUGUGUCCGCUUCAAGCGCUGGGAAUCGGAACGGAUUCUUUCCUUCAUCCCACCAGACGGUAACUUUCGCCUAAUGUCCUACCACGUCGGUUCGCAGAGUGUCGUAGCUAUUCCGAUCUACGUGCGACACAAUCUAAGCUUGAAACCGGGCGAACAAGGUCGAAUGGACAUUACGGUGGGACCGAAGACGACUCUGGGCCGGGUAGUGGAAGGCGUUAAGUUGGAAAUCCGGAUGCCAAAAGCGGUGCUAACCUGUGCCCUGCUCGCUAGCCAAGGCAAGUAUACGUUCGAUCCGGUCACCAAAACGCUUCACUGGGAUGUGGGAAGAAUUGAUGUGACCAAACUGCCGAACAUUAGGGGAACGGUUUCGGUGCAGUCGGGAUGUACUUCGCUGGAAACGAGUAUUGAUCGAGUACAAUUCACCAUAUCGCAACUAGCAGUGUCCGGAUUGAAGGUCAAUCGGUUGGAUAUGUACGGUGAAAAGUAUAAACCCUUCAAAGGGGUCAAGUAUGUUACGAAGGCAGGCAAGUUCCAGAUCCGCAUGUAAAGGUAAAGUUCUAUUAUUGUGUCAAUCUCAACCAUAUUUUAUGUUGUACUCAUCCAGUAAUAUAUUUAUACGAUCAUAUCAUUCCA